GUGCUUAGUGUUUUGGUUUUUCAUAGUCAGACUACAAUGCCUCAGACUGCUUCAGAGAUAUAUCUUAGUGAGGCCACUACCCAAAGACGUGGAAAUGGAACUGCCUGCAAUGCUAGCUUGGAGAACAUGGUGCAUUGCUUAAAAUAUCAUUUGUGUCAGGCAGAAUCCAGACAACUGGAAGAGGAAAACACUGGUCCUUCCAGUGAAACUGAGUGCAAACUGUGCCCCAGAAAAUGGCAGCCCCAUGGAAAGAAGUGCUACAAGGCUUUUGAUCAGACACAAAGGACUUGGAACGAGAGCAAGGAGGAGUGCGCUAAGAAAGGCGCUCAGAUGCUAGUGUUACAUGACAAAAAAGAGGAGGAAUACAUUAUAAAUAAAUUAAAGCCUAAGAACUCUGUCUGGAUUGGGCUUCAGUUCAGCUCAAAGGAGAAGACAUGGAUGUGGGUGGAUGGCUCUCCCUUAAUGAAAUACCAGUUGCAUGAACUUGUAGAAGAUAAAAGCCAACAAUGUGGAACCUUCAAGACUCAGCUGGGGACUGACCUCUGCUCAACUAGGCUGACGUGGAUUUGCCAGAAGGAAGCUCUAAUAAUAUAGAAAAUGGCCGAGCUGUUUUGUGUUCAUGUAACUGAAAGCUGUAUGGGCUGCACUUGUCAUUUAGGAACUCUAAUUUUUAAAAAGAUGUGUCAGUUCUAGAGAGUUCUGGAAAGCUCUGGAGCCUGGAUAAUUCUUUGAACAAUCAUGCUUUGCCAGGAAGAUGGAUAAAAAAUUACAUUCAACAGGCUAUCCCUGACAGAGUUAGUUUAAAAGAUCUUUGAAGGAAAUUCUGUGAACUGGCUGAUUUCUGCCCCUGUAGGAUUCUGCUUUUAAUUUUUAGGCAUUUUUAGUGCCUACUGAAAGUAUAUUUUAGUUCUUUUAGAGAAAUCAUCUUGUAUUUGUAAGAAAUGAUUAUCUUGUUAACCAGUCGACUCAGAAAAGGUGGAAUUGAGCAUUCACUACUUCUGUGCUUUUGGCUGCAGUAAAUAUAAAACCAUAUUGUACCACAUGACAUGCAACUAUGCAGUUGAAUAAUAAAUACACCAUGCAGGCAUAUCCAAACUGCGACUGAAUCAUAAGCAUAAGAAAAGAGGGGAAGCAGGUGUUUUACUGGCGUUGUGCUAAAAUCCCCACCCCACCCCAUCUCCCCCCGAUCAUGCUCCGUGCAUUUAAUAGAAAGAAAAUUGUGCUUGAAAAAUAAUUCAGAAAAAUUCUUAUGACUUGGAUUCACGUUCUUGUGCUUCCUUUGCAUAGGAGAAGAUGUGAGGAAUGCGCACAAUUGCUCUGUCUUUUAUUGCAAU